AUGGCCAACGUUGACUAUCAAAAUAGCUUCAUCUUAAUCCUCCUCGUAUGCCUCUUCUCAACCUUCUUUUUUCUCUUUGUCUACUUCUUCAAGAAACCAAACAAUGUCUCUGAUCUACCUCCCAGCCCUCCAUCUUUUCCUAUCAUCGGCCAUCUUCACCUUUUCUUCUCUACUUCACUCCACAAAUCUUUUCAAAAUCUCGCGUCUAAGUACGGACCUUUCCUGCAUCUUCGUGUCUUCAGUCUCCCCUUCGUUCUCGUCUCCUCUGCCUCCAUCACCUACAAGAUCUUCAAGGACCACGACGUGAACAUCUCCUCUCAUGGUCCUGUUGGUCUCGAUGAUUGCCUCGUGUUUGGAUCUUCUGGCUUCAUCACUGCUCCCUAUGGAGAUUACUGGAAGUUCAUGAAGAAGCUCAUGACUAUUAGUGUGCUCGGACACCAGGCUAUGCAGCGGUCACAAGGCGUUCGUGUAGUUGAGGUAGAGCGGUUUUACAGAAACCUGUUUGAUAAGGCGAUGAAGAAAGAGAGCGUCGAGAUCGGUGAGGAAGCAACGGGACUCGUUAUGAGUAUACUCGGAAAGAUGUGCAUGGGAAGAUGCUUCUCAGAGGAUAACAACGAGGAAAAAGUUUCCAAGAUUAACGCCGAGUUCGCUGCCUUGACACAGAAGAUUUUCUUGGCAAGAAUGUUGUGUACGCCGCUUGAGAAGAUCGGGAUCUCACCAUUCAAAAAGGAGGUAAUGGAUGCUUCAAACAGAUAUGAGGAACUCCUUGAAAGCAUUAUUGUGAAAUACGAAGAGAAAGUGGACGAGAAUGAUGGUAAUGAAGGUAUGGACAUAUUGUUAGCGGCUUGUAGAGGCGAAAAUGCCGAGUGUAAGAUCACGAGGAAAAAUCUCAAGGCCUUAUUAGCGGAGCUCUUCUUUGGAGCCGGUGACACUUCUUCAACAACAACACGGUGGGCAAUGGCUGAGAUCAUCAAUAACCCUAUGAUCUUUGAGAGAUUGAGAGAAGAAAUUGACUCCGUGGUAGGAAAAACAAGGUUGAUUCAAGAAACUGAUCUACCAAAACUCCCUUACUUGGAAGCGGUCAUCAAGGAAUCUCUAAGAUUGCAUCCUCCGGGGGUUCUCUUGCCAAGGCAAUUUGAACAAGGGUGCAAGAUCAGAGGGUUCUACAUACCUAAAGGCACAACACUUGUUAUUAAUGCUUAUGCUGUUAUGAGAGAUCCUGAUGCUUGGAAAGAUCCUGAUGAGUUUAAGCCAGAGAGGUUUCUAGGGCAAGAAGAAGAGAAAAAAGAGAAUGUAUUGAAGUUCCUACCUUUUGGCGCCGGAAGGAGAGGAUGUCCUGGAUCAAAUCUUAGUUAUAUCUUUAUAGGAACCGCAAUUGGAGUGAUGGAGCAGUGCUUUGACUGA